AUGAACGUACCAGAUCCGUAUCCCUCACAACCCCAUCAUAACCAUCGUUUAAGGUUGUUUCUAUCUGUGGAAAAAAUUAUAUUGUUGAUUUCAUUAUUACCUCUUCUACAUGCAUUACCUUUGAAAAAUCAAUUCAAUGAACAACCCUCCCCAUCUCCCAUGGAACCUUCUCAAAUCAAUGUCACUUACUUGGUAGUGUCAGUGUCUUUAGUUAUCUUAGGUGGUAUCUUUGCUGGUUUAACCUUGGGUCUAAUGGGUCAAGAUGAAGUUUAUUUGAAAGUUAUAUCUUCUUCCGGUUCCGAUGAUGAAAGAAAAUUAGCUGAAAAAGUUUUGAAAUUGUUUAGUCAUGGGAAACAUCAAAUAUUGGUCACUUUACUAUUAUCCAAUGUCAUCACCAAUGAAACUUUACCUAUUGUUCUGGAUAGAUCAUUGAAUGGUGGUGGUUGGCAAGCUGUUGUAUUCUCGACAAUCUUAAUUGUUAUCUUUGGUGAAAUUAUCCCUCAAAGUACUUGUGUCAAAUAUGGUCUUCAAGUAGGUGCGUUUUUUGGUCCAUUUGUUAUUGUAUUGAUGUAUACUUUCUUCCCCAUUGUCUACCCAACAGCAAGACUCUUAGAUUAUAUAUUGGGUGAAUCUCACGGUACCAUGUAUAAAAAAUCAGGUUUAAAGACUCUGGUGACUUUACACAAGACAAUGGGUGUUGAACGUCUUUCCCAAGAUGAAGUCACCAUUAUCUCUGCAGUCUUAGAUUUGAAAGAAAAAUCAGUCUUUGAAGUGAUGACCCCAAUGGAAAACGUUUAUACCAUGUCUGCUGAUACAAUCCUAGACUCUCAUCGUAUACAACAUAUUUUCAAUUCAGGGUUUUCAAGAAUCCCCAUCCAUUUACCUAAUGAUCCAACAAAUUUCAUCGGAAUGCUAUUGGUUCGUGUCUUGAUCUCUUAUGACUCAGAUGACAAACUUCAAGUCUCACAUUUCCCCUUGGCCACUUUACCAGAGACAAGACCUACCACUUCCUGUUUAAAUAUUUUAAAUUAUUUCCAAGAGGGUAAGUCUCACAUGUGUGUUGUUAGUAAUAAUCCAGGUUCUUCGCAGGGAGCUAUUGGUGUAGUCACUUUGGAAGAUGUUAUUGAAGAAUUAAUUGGUGAAGAAAUUAUUGAUGAAUCUGAUGUUUUCAUAGAUAUUCAUAAUCGUAUCAAGAGAGACUCUCCACCACCACUUUUAAGCAAAAGACAUAUGACUCCUUAUUUGCAUCAGUUAUAUAACAAUGCAAACGCCAUGGCAAAUUCUCCUGAUCUACAUGCACUAAAUACAAGACCACCUUCUUCAAAUAAUUCUACAACUUCUUUCCCACCUUUUAAACAUUCUCCACCUCAACACAAUCAUAAUUCGAACCCGGAUGAUCAACAUCAUAUUCUUCAUGAUACUCAAUUUCAAGAUAUCAAACCUUCUAACCCUGCCUCCAACCCUUUAAAAGUGAAGAAAUCUUUUGUCACGAUUAAAAAUUUACCAAAUGAUUCAGAUGAUGAUUCCAAUAACACUCGUUCAAAUUAUGGCUCUAUUAAACAGAAAAAGAUAAAUACUGUCUCUGAUAUUAAAUGGAAAAAUCAAAAUACUACCGAUGAAUCUAGUAUCCCAAAAAUCACAAAACAUUCACAACCGGUCAAUAUCGUUAUACCGUCUCAAUCCAAUGUAGUGAAUACUCCUAACGCAAAACAAAUCCAAAUCGUUCAAAAGAAAUCUUCACAACAUAUUAUUCCAAUAUCAGCAGCUGAUGACAAUGAUGUUCCACCUUCUCAAACCAUUGAUCCAUCAGGUGCAAAUCUUUCCUAUAAAUCAAUCACUAAUGGUAUUGUAGAAUCCAUCAUAACUGUGAAAGGUGUCUCCAAAACGAUCAUUGAACCAAAUGACAACGCAAGCAUUAAUUCUGGAAAUUCUUCAGUCUCCUAG